UUCUGGCGUCAGCAUCACCCGCAGGCGGCACGAUGGCGAUCGAUACAGCAGUAAAAUGUUCAAAGUGGGAUAUUUUAGGAAAGGCUCGACAUGCACAGGGAGGGAAACACGGUCGCAGAGCUGACUGGCUCGACGAGAGACAAGCAUAAAACCUGAAAUCAAAUGUUACGUCAAGUCUAUUGAAUCAGUCCUUGAGAUGAGCUGAGUAAAACCACCUGUUUUUUGUGGAAAUAAGCAGCUGGGAGCCCCCUGCAGGUCAUGUCAUCCCAUUGUCUUCUUGACAUAAUUUGCAGCUAAUCAUUUAGAAAGUCCACCUGGAGGAAAGCAUCUGAGACCUGAACGCCAGGAUGACCUCAACACAACGUUAACACUUGCGCCAAGAGCAGGAGGUGGAAACCAUAGCAACAGACGUGUUCUGUGUGUGUGUCCUGAAGAUGCCUCUAUUUUUUAUCCCGGUUGCAUCAGAGUCUGAAGCAUUACCCAAGAAUCAGCUUCUGCUAAGCCGACAGAAGACAGGCAACUGCACCAUGGUUAUUGCCAUGGACGACCAACUAUUGGAAGACAACUUAAUGUGUAUACCGAAGCAGUACUCAAACAUGUACCUUCUUUUGGGCUGAUAUCCCCUGAUAACAGCUGCGAUGGCUUUUUGCAAUGAAAGCCUGCUGGAGGAGUGUGACUUCAUGGAGCCGGACAAUGUAGAGGAAGCAGCGGAAAGUCUCCCGUCAGAAGCGGCAACUCCCCUCAUAUCAGUCACUCUGCGCGUGACCCUGGCAGGCAUAAUGAUCUUCAUGAUUACUAUUGGUUUCCUCGGCAAUGCGAUUGUGUGUCUAAUUGUUUACCAAAAACCUGCCAUGCGUUCUGCGAUCAAUCUCCUCCUUGCCACGUUGGCCUUUUCAGACAUAAUGCUGUCUUUGCUCUGCAUGCCUUUCACUGCAGUCACUGUGGCCACUGCCGACUGGAGCUUUGGAAGCGGGUUCUGCCGAGCAUCCAUCAUGCUGUACUGGCUGUUCGUCCUGGAGGGGGUGUCCAUACUCCUCAUAAUCAGUGUGGACCGUUUCCUCAUCAUUGUGCAGCGACAGGACAAGUUGACCCCGCACAGAGCUAAACUGUUGAUUGCAGGCUCAUGGGUGCUGAGCCUGUGCGUGUCCCUGCCGUCUGUAGUUGGGUGGAGGACAGGUGCAGCAGGUAUUGGGGGUGCCUGGGCGCCGCAGUGUGUGCUGGGAUACAGUGAAUCUCUGGCAGACCGUGGAUACACAGUGCUGUUAGCAGUAGCAGUAUUCUUUGUACCAUUUGCUGUCAUGCUGUACUCUUACCUGUGCAUCCUCAACACAGUGCGUCGCAACACCCUGCGCAUCCACAACCACACCAGCGAGCAUUCCUGCCUGCCAGCGCUCAACCAAGUCAGCAAAAUGAGACUUACCGGGCUGCAGCGGCCGCCUCAGAUCAAGGUGGAUAUGAGCUUCAAGACCCGAGCCUUCACCACCAUCCUCAUCCUCUUUGUCGGCUUCUCUGUGUGCUGGUUGCCGCACACGGUGGUCAGCUUGCUGGCCGUGUUCAGCCGACAGUUCUACUACAGCUCGGUCUUCUACCCAGUCAGCAUAGGCGCUCUGUGGCUCAGCUACCUGAAGACAGUGUUCAACCCUGUCAUCUACUGCUGGAGGAUCAGGAAGUUCAGGGAGGCCUGUCAGGAGUUCAUUCCCAAGAGCUGCAGACUUUGUCCCAGAGUACCAGGCAGGAGCCGUAGGAGAGUGAGGCCCAGCAACAUCUAUGUGUGCAGCGAGACUCAGUCAGCUGUAUGAAACAUGGAGGACCAGUUUGUUGAUGCACAAAGCAGCAGCUGCUGACAGUGCUAUCAACAAUUUUUUAACUCUUACUUUAGCAAUCAGCACUCUUAAUAAACAAUCAGAGGCUGCUAAAGUUCACCUUUAAAAGAGUAUACUGGUUGUCGACAAAAUAAUCUCACCACAAGAACAAACUUUUCAAUCUCAGUUUUUAAAACAAGCCCUUGAAGUGCUCAGAGGAAUAAAAUUUCAACAGUCACGUGACACCUGGGCAUCUGCUGAGGAAGGUUGUGUAAUAGAGUUGACUGCUCCAGGAAAUCUACUGAAUGGACCUUUUGGUGAGAAUAUUUUGUAUGCUGCUUCAAAGCUCAGCAAUGAACUUUCAGUCUCAAGAAAUUUUAGCUUCAUGGCCAUUAUGGUUUCUAAAACUUACUGCCAUUCAAACAAUUUCACCAUCCUCCAAUGUCAAUUUAUUUUUGUUUCAUAAUUUGUCCCUCAAGUUUUUUUUAAUCAACAUUACUCUUUUUUUCAGACUGUAGACUCAAUGUUCAGUCUUUGAGUAGUAGUGGUGAUAAUAAUUCUGUUGUCAGUUACUAUGUGAAGGGUUUCACAAAAAAACAUACAAGGUAAUAAUGUCCAGUGAUGUUGUCAGAGGGAAGCCUGCAAGCUCUCAACUGACUUGAAAAAAAGAUUUUAAUGACAUUUGUGAAGAAACACAACCUUAUGUGAGUUGAAACCAUGAGUAUGUCAACAAAUAAUUAUUGAGCUGUGAAUGUUUACUUGAAUGUAUUAUCGUUUCAUGAAUGACCAAACCAGGUGAAUAAAUAUAGUUUUUAAAAGAGGUUGCGUUGACAGACCGGAGCAUUUGGAUGAAAAACACAUUCUAGCCAGCUGUUUUUACAAUGUACAUUUCUGUACAUAGGGAAAUAGAGUUGCAGGGAUACUAAAGACAUCUAUUCAUCGUGAGUGGAUACAUAUCUGCUGCACUGAAGACAACAUGCAGAGCGGUUUGUGUAUUGAAUUCUAUCUGCUUCAGUAAUCCUAUUGGAAGAGUGAGGCCUGCACAAAAAGUGUUACUAAUUGUUCUCCAAGGAAAUGCUGAAUGAACAAAUGAAGUGAAUGCAUUGUGGUUUUGAUUCAACUGUGUGGCAUUUUAAUGUUGAUAAAUUGUUACUGCAUUCAUUUUGAGAUAUCUGCAUAAAUGCUAUAAAGCUGAAAGACCCUCAUCAAUAACACUGGCAGUCUCAGCCAACCAAAUAGAGAUAGUGUUGUACAGCAAAACGCAGGAGGAUGGUGCUGUUCUUGCAUUGCAAAUUAAGUUACAAAUCAGAGGUGUUGGCUUUGAUCUAGAGGUCUGGAGCGAGUUUAAUGAACUUUAGUAACCACAACAUCUUUUUGACAAAAAUAAAAGGGUUGGAUGGGAAAUUAAGUCUUAAUUUUUAAGAUAUUAGCAAAACUGCUAAUGUCAAAAAUAAGCAAGGGAUCACGGAGCUUGCUCAACCAAUUCGAUGAAUAUUGGCAGCUAGCUUCUCAGUUGAUGAUUUAAAAAUAGUGAAAGCAGUCCAAAAGGCAAAUACACUGAACAAAAUUAUAAAGGCAACACUUUGGAAAAUGUGCAGUUUCACUGUAU